UAAAUAAACAACACGCUGACCGGCUAGUUUUGAUCGGCUCGUGAAGAUUUGUACCGUAGCAAUAAUUGAAGACGAUGGAUAAUACCAAUCGAACUGUGCUAGCUGGCGAUAUCAUUGUCGAACCGACGGACAUGAUGCAGACAAACAAGAAAGUAAUUCUUGGCCCGGGGUUACGCAUCGAGAAGGACACCGUGCGGGCUAGCAAGUGCGGACAGCUGAAGAUGAAACAUCCCAACACGUUCUGGAUUGAUGCAUACCAGCGACGCUAUGUGCCGAAUCGUGGAGAGUUGGUCAUUGGUGUGGUGAUGGCCAAAGCGGGAGAUAUAUUUCGUCUAGAUAUUGGCAGUUGCGAGACUGCCUCGUUAUCGUACAUGGCUUUCGAAGGUGCAACGAAGAAAAACCGACCGGACGUGAACGUUGGUGAUAUUGUGUAUGCCCGGCUGCUUAUUGCUCACCCUGACGUUGAACCAGAGCUGGUGUGCGUAGACUCCCAUGGCAAGAAAGGUAAAUUGGGUGUGCUACAUGAAGGAUUCAUGAUAUGCUGCAGUCUGAAUCUGAUACGAAAGAUAUUGAACCCGAAAUGCACUUUCCUGGCUUUACUGGCAAAGGAACUGCCGUUUGAAAUAGCAGCGGGCAUGAAUGGACGCAUUUGGAUUCGAGGAAGAACGAUUAAAGAAACUAUCGGUGUAGGAAACGCUAUUUUGGCCUUAGAAUAUUUACCGAACGAUCGCAUACAUGAACUAUGUGACGAUAUAGGUGCAUAUGUGUCUGGUUUUAUGAAAUAAAGGCAGUGAAAGUAAAUGUA